AUGUCUGGCUUCAGCUCUUUGUUUGGUGACUCUGCAGCGCAUGACCAGUCGAUCGAUAGUUUGUUCAAGAAUGCCAAAGAUGGUCCCAUCACCAACCACGUUAAACACACACCAAGGACUAUUGUAGAAAUACCGGUGAAGAGAAAGAGGUCUGCUGAGGAAGUGGAAGGGGAAAGAGAGGGGGAAGUGGAAGAGGAAGUGGAGGAGUAUAAGAAAGCAAAGAGGUCAAAGAGGAAGGAUGAAAAUGAAGAUUUAGAAGCCAGAUACUUUACUGCUGCGGCUCAAAUUCGAAAUGACGACGAUGAUGGUGAGGAAAAGGGAGACGUGGAGCUGGCGGAGAAGGAGAAGGAGGAGGGUUCGAGCGAUGAAAACGUUACAGAGACCCAGUCUGCCACCAAGGAGAGCAAAGCAAAGUCGAAAGACGACAAGGAGAAAGAGGACAGAACGGUAUUUGUGGGCAAUGUACCUAGUACGGUUGUCACAUCCAAAAUGGCAGCAAAGAGCUUCAAAAAGCUAUUCAACACCAUUGGCAAAGUCGACACUAUACGAUACAGAUCCAUCGCGUUCUCCAACCAACUACCUAAAAGAGUCUCGUUUGUCAAGAAAAACCUCCACGAAUCGAGGGAUUCAGUCAACGCAUAUGUCGUCUACGUGGAAGCCAAGCACGCCGUCGAAGCAGCCAAGGAACUCAACGGUGCAGUAUUUGAAGACCACCACCUUAGAGUGGACAGUCUCCUGAACCCACGAGCAAAAGACAAAUCCCGCACGGUUUUUGUUGGAAAUCUUCCGUUUGACUGCGAAGACGAAUCACUAUACACGCAUUUCAAAGAGUUGGGAGUGGAAUCCCUUAGAAUUGUACGUGACGCGGCCACAAACGUCGGAAAGGGGUUUGCCUUGGUCCAGUUUCACAAUUCGUUAUCGGUAAACAGGGCGUUGCUUUUGGACGGCAAGCCCAUGAAACUUGCAAGCGACGAGAAGGAAGGUGGCCGCAAGUUGCGUAUAUCGAGAGCCAGGAAUGACAAGUUCAAAGUUGGCGAGAAACUUGCAAGCGGCAAGGGAGGCUUGCGGAAGAAAAAGGAAGUUUUUUCGCGUUCCUUGCACACGCCGAUUGAAGGUCAAAGAGCUACGAAAGGUGCCACGAUUAAGGGGAUAAAGGGGUUGAAAGGUGGCAAGGUGAAGAAGCCAAGAAUCAGGGAUCGAUCAACCAAGUUUAAAAACGAAAGGAAUGCGAUCAAGAAAGACGCUAAGAAGUGA